UCGCCGAACGGAUCGUUACACUUGCAAAAUCCGAAGUGAAAAGUCGAAGGAAAAAAAAUGUCUGAAAAUGUGGAGAGUAAGGGAGCGUCACCAGUGAGAAUCACAUGGGGGUUGAAACCCUCUGAGAACAAGGACAAGGAGAACCUGAUGCCCUCGGCCCUGAAGAAGUCUGAGAAACGCGUUAGUAUCAGCUCUAUGGAGGUGGAUGAUAGAAUCAGGGCGAUUUUCGAGCCCACAGGAUCCAUUCCAAAACGCUUUGGAGAAGUGAAGAACCGAUCCACUAGCCAUAAUUCCAGUCUCCAGAGGGUCCAGGGGCAGGACAGAGUGUUCACCAAGACUCGGUUUCACGUCUUCAACGAGAGCAAGGAGGAGAAGGAGCUGGAGGAGUCGAAGAAGUUGACUACGAGAUUUAUGAGGCCUUUGCCACUGGAUGGCCAGCUGCCCUCCAGGAAGACUUUUGAAGCCUUCAGCAAGGCCAAGAAUUUUUUCCAAAGGCGGGAGUUGGCUGGACAGGAGAUGGGAGUGGAAAAGGAGGAGUUGGAGAAGUCAGAGGUCAGGGAGAGACCAGAUGGCAGGCAAAAAAGGACCUUCAGGCGUCUGGCGAGGCUUCACUCCAUCGAUGAAGCUGCCAGGGCACCCAUACCCCAGAUUAUACCUGCCAGGAGAGUCAAUCAACUCAUUAGAGAGCACUUCGAACCCACCAGGGUCACUCCUCACGAUGUACCACCCCCUAAGCCUCCGAAGAUCAAAGUUCUUCACAGAUCCACUCACGAUCACAACGGGGAAGAGGUGACGUGCAAGUGUCCUCUAGGUGGACAGAUCCCACAGAUCAACCUACCCUACCCUGAUGAGGUCAUGCUCUUCGAGGAGGAGAAGAACAGGUUCCGGAAUUUUACUCCGAACUAUCGACACCUCAAUGCCAGCUCAGAUCAGAGGCAGACAGUCGUACACUUUUUGCUACGUAUUGGCAGUCAUAAUGGCCUUCCCUCUCACAUGAUCUAUCAGACCGUAAGGAUCUUCGACGAUGUGCUCCAGGCUAAGAGAAUUCCUGUGCAGAAGCUGCAGCUCAUUAUGAUCGCUGCAUUGUGGAUCGUCAUGAAGAAGGAUUAUAUCGUCUAUCGCAUCCCGGGGGCCAAGAGAAUGGCACAUUUUGCUGAUGGAGUUUAUACUGAGGACGAUGUCAGGGCUGCCGAGGGCCUCAUUCUUCAGGCAUUGAACUUUUGGAUUACUUAUCCUGAUCCUUUCUCUAUGCUCACUUAUUUCAUCCUCACUGUUGAUCAUUCCGAUUUCAUCGGGUGCGAGGAACGGGAGAAGAUCUACUACUUCGGAGGGUACAUGCUGGACCUGGCUCUCCUCGACGAUGACCUCAUGAAGAUCUGCCCGAUCCUCUUGACAGCUACAGCUGCAGAAUUGGCGAUUACUCUCGUCAUGGAACCUGAGAGCACCCUGUACUGCACCCCAUUCACUCGUUGGCGCACAAAAUACGCAUUCGGAAAACUCAAAGACGAGGAGAUCAACUGCUAUCGCAACCUUUUGAUAAGAAACAUCGCAGAGUCUUGCUACCGCUCCUCCAAGAGUCACGUCGUCCACAAGAAAUACUCAAAAUCAAGGUACGGAAAAGUUGCCAAAAAGUUAAUUGAUAAAAUUCAAAAAUUGUUGCCACCAAAUAUUUAAUUAUUCCACAAAUUCCAUUCUCUUUCGUACUAUUAUUUUAUUAUUCCCGAAGAAAACGCAUAAAAAAAAAUAGUGGUCGUUUUAUUGCUUGAUAGAUAAUUCGAUAAAUUGAAUUGUUUUAAUUGUGAAAUGUUUUAAUGUGUGAAAAAAAAAUGUCUCGUGGAAAAUUGUCAGGUGGUGUUAUGGAUAUGAAUUGUAAGGAAAGAAAAAUGUAAACAAAACAAAUACCCUCGAAUAAAAAAAGAAUGAAUCGAAUAAAGAUGA